AUGGCAAUAUGUUGGUGGGCAGGCUAUCGAGACCUCUUCCUUACUUUUACAUUCAAUCCUAAAUGGCAAGAGAUCAUUUCUUCCCUAGAAUUGAUUCCUGGUCAAAAGUUGGAAGAUCGACCAGACAUUGUUGCAAGAGCUUUUAAAAUAAAAUUGGAUGCACUUUUGCAAGAUAUAAAGAAAGGACAUCAUUUUGGUAAAGUAAUUACCGUUCCUGAAGAUAUUGAUAGCAUAAUCAGUGCUGAAAUUCCUGAUUCUUUGGAAGAUUCGAUUGGCCAUGAAGCUGUUAAGCAAUUCAUGAUGCAUGGGCCAUGUGGUGCAGCUAGGCCAAACUCUCCUUGCAUGGUUGAUAACAAUUGUACCAAGCAUUUCCCUAAACAUUUUGUUUGUGAAACCAUCAUUGAUGACCAAGGCUUUCUGACUUAUAGAAGACGAGAAGAUGGCCGUUUUGUGCUGAAAAAUAGUGUGGAAUUAGACAAUCAAUAUGUAGUCCCAUACAAUAUUGAUUUGCUGGUGAAGUAUAGGUUACACUUAAAUGUUGAUGGUGUCACUUUUUCUAAUUAUGAAUAUUUAGAUAAUGUGGUAAAUAGACCAGGAAUUGACAAAACUGUAUUUACAGAGUGGGUGAUAGCAAAUCGACUGUAUGAAGAUGCUAGACAGCUAACCUUCCAAGACUUUCCAACAAAAUGGGUUUGGGACAAGAAAAACAAAAAAUGGAGGAGAAGAAAGUUAGGUCGGUCCAUUGGUAGAAUCUAUUAUGCACACCCUUCAAGUGGAGAAUGGUUCUAUCUUAGAAUGCUAUUAAAUGUUGUAAAAGGUGCUACAAGUUUUGAUGAAAUCAAAACUGUUAAUGGCCAAUUGUGUCCUUCUUUUAAAGUUGCAUGUUUUGCUCUUGGGCUACUGGAUGGAGAUAGAGAGUGGAAUGAUGCUAUAAGAGAAGCAUCAAAUUGGGAUACUGGACAACAGAGGAGAAUCUUACGGUUUGAUCAACUUCAGCUUUCUGAAAAUCAAUUGAGAAGUUAUGCCUUAUAUGAAAUUGAAAAGCUUUUGAUUAAAGCUGGAAAGUCAUUGAAAGACUAUCCACCUAUGAUUUUACCUGAUAUGUCUCUUAUUAGGGAAAGGAAUAACAGACUCCUUGAAGAAGAAUUGAGUUAUGACAAGGAAGCAUUGGCUGCUGAGUAUGCCUCAUCAUAUACAAAAUUGAACAUUCUACAAAAACAUGUAUUUGAUCGAGUUGUCCAAGUUGUUCUAAAAGUUGAAGGAAAGAUGUUCUUUUUGUAUGGCCAUGGUGGAACUGCUGUAUCAUCUUCAGGAAUUGCAUCAGUCCUUUUGCUAGAUGGACAUACAGCUCACUCAAGAUUUCAGAUCCCAUUAUGUGUGAAUGAAGAUUCAGUGUGUGACAUUAAACAAAAAACACAGUUGGCAAAAUUGCUUUGUGCUACAAAAUUGAUAAUUUGGGAUGAAGCUCCUAUGGUAUAUCAUAAUUGUUUUGAGGCUCUUGAUAGAACAUUGAGAGACUUAUUGCUCUUCUCCAGUAACUUUGAUCCUAAUAAAGUUUUUGGUGGUAUCACAGUUAUUGUUAGGGGAGAUUUCAGACAGAUCUUGCCAUUAAUACCAAAGGGUAGAAGAGAAGAUAUUGUUGCAUCAGCCAUAAACAAAUCUGUCAUUUGGAAUCAUUGUGAGAUAUUUAUGCUUACAGAAAAUACGAGGCUCAAUCAAAAUUUCAAUAAUUUGGAAGAUGGUCAAUUUGUUGUUGACUUUGGGAAUUGGAUUUUAAGGAUUGGAAAUGGUGAAUUUGAGAAUGUAGAUGGAGAAAGCUAG